CCUACAUUCACUCUUCAUCAUCUGAAAUGUUCACCACCAAUAUGGGGGACAUAGUAGGUACAUGAGCACUACAAAUUUCCCCACGAUGACUACUUUAUCUACGGUAUUGAUACAAACAACACUGCACCAGUCUUCUAUCAACUCACUUGAUCGACCGCUACUCACUUUGACUAAUGUUUCAACCUUCACCUCGAAAGCAUUGCCACGACAUCCAACAUGGUUCGCCCUUCAACAAGUACAUCAACCCCAAAUCGGGCCUCCUCAAGCCAACUUUCACGGCUGCCAAAGUUUGUCGAGGACUUUUCGAAUUCGACGACGACUUACCAUCCUGGAACUCGCCUACCAUCUCAUGUUCCAACGUGGACACUGCCACGGCCUCGGACAUCCGAUCCAUUAGAGUCCGCACCACGCCCCGGCCUCACUAAAGCUCAGCGUUCGAACACAUCAAAGUCGAAACACUCCCUGGGCGAAUCUCUCAAAAAUGCCGGCAUGAAAGUCAUCGCCGGAUUAACGAAGGACGUCUACCGAGAAGCGCAGCCAGAACACCACACAGAUGGCGAGACCGCGAGAGAGUUCCGCAGCGCGAUAGUGAAGAUCGACCAGCAAAUAACGCCCAAAAAUCCCCAAAAGAUACUUGUUAGCGAGACUGAAGAGGUUUAUACCUUAUAUUACCCAUAUGAAGGGCUUUGUCGUUUGAAAGAAGGCUUGCGCCGCUAUAACUUCUCUAGGUGCGUUUGUCCUGCUUAUGAUUCUACUGGUCGCUGCAAACAUGUUCCCUUCUGA